AUGACCUCAAGUCCCUUACAGCAAGUUUGUGAUUUAGUAAAGGGUGAUCUAUCACUUGAAAGAGUACGAGAUAUUAAGGAACAAUUAUUGAAGGAAAAAUCAGUGAUAGAAUACCAAUUAAAUAAAGAAUCGGAUAAAUAUUAUGGUGAAGUCGAAGAAUCUCUCAAACUGUUGAACAUAUCCAAGGAUUCAGUCACAUCAAUCAAACAACAAAUCAAUGAAGUCAACAAGUUAGGUAAUGACAAUCGAUUUGCAAUUAAUCGUUAUGAUAUACUUUUCCAAGCCACAAAACUAUAUGAAACAAUUAAUACCACAUCUUCGAUUUAUAAUCGAAUAUAUAGUUUUGUUGCAUUGAUGGAGCAUAUAGAAAGGCUAUUAGUGACGGAAUUGGCGGAAGACGCUUUACAGACUGGCUGUCCCCACCUUUUGGAAAUUCAUUUCCUAUUAACUUCAGCACGGGACUUUCAAGAACAGGUUGUUAUUAUGGCUAAAGAAGCAACUGAAGAUGCACAACGUACAGUCAUAAAACUUUUUUCCAGACUAUCGGGAAUAAUAUCAAAAUUUGACAAAUUGUUGGACGGAUUAACAUAUGAUAUUGUGGAAAUGGCUAGAGCUGAUCAGAUAUCUUUAGCAAUUAGACUUUUCAAGAUUUAUGAUCUAGAAGAAAGGGAAGACUUGAGAAUUGAAGCAAUUAGGAACAUUAUCAAGAAGAAAGAAAUUGAAAUUGAAAAAUCUUCGAUAAAAAAACUUCCAAACAGUAAAAACACUGCAAGACUACAAGAGGAAGCACCCACAAUUAUAGAGUAUCCGACAAACAAGGGAUUGUAUCAAGAGAUAAUGAGCGGUACAAUCUCAACAAGAACAGCACCCCGUGGUUAUAAGCAUUUUCUAAUAAAUGGGAUAAAUAAUUCCAUAUCUGAAAUGUUUGGAGAAAUGAAAGACAAAUAUGUUGGAGAUCAAAAAUUCGAUGUUCUUGAUAACAUGGAUUGGAUUUUCAACGAAUUGAUUAUAGUAAAGGAACAUAUUGCCAAUUGCUGUCCCCCACAUUGGAACAUAUUUGAGGUGUACUUUAAUCAGUACUAUAAGGAACUACAUUCAUUGAUUACGGACCUCGUGGACUCUGAACCUGAAACCAUUAUUAUUCUCGAUAUUCUUGCGUUCGAUAAGACGUUUCAAGACACCCUUAAACAGGAUUUCGGCUUUAGUAAGAAUGAAGUCAAAUCUGUUAUCGGCGAUGAAGAAAAGGAAACGCUAUUUAAAGACUACUUGAAUUUAAUUGUCGUUAAAAUGACUGAAUGGAUCGGUAAUUUGGAGAAAGCUGAAUUUGAUGUGUUCUUGGAAAGAAGCACGCCUCCACAUUCCGAUUCAGAUGGAUUACUUUUCCUUGAUGGGACCAAGACUUGUUUCCAAAUGUUUACCCAGCAAGUGGAAGUCGCAGCAGGUACUAACCAGGCAAAAAUUCUUGUCGGCGUAGUUGAACGAUUUAGUGAUCUGUUAACAAAGAGACAAAAAAACUGGAUAUCCAAGAUAAGUGGAGAAAUCAAAAGGCAAAUCAAUUACAAUCACAAAUAUGAUAUAGAUCCAGAGAGUAUAACUCCGGAAGAAGAAUGCGCGGGAGGAUUGGUAGAAUAUUUAAUUGCGGUGUCAAAUGAUCAAAUGAAAGCUGCGGACUACGCCGUUGCCAUUUCAUCCAAAUACGGUAAACUAGUUUCUAAACUUUAUGAGAAGCAAAUUACUAACAAUUUAGAAGGAACUUUAGAUGGAUUUGCCGAAGUUGCUCAAUGCAGCUCUUUAGGCUUAAUCACAUUAAUGUUUGACGAUUUAACGAAACCAUAUCAAGAAAUUUUUAGUAAAAGUUGGUACAUGGGGAGCCAAGCGCAACAGAUCGCUGAUACACUCGAUGAAUAUCUGUUAGACAUCAAGCCCCAAAUGAACUCUGUGCUAUUUGUCAAUUUUAUAGAUAAUGUUAUUGGAGAAACAAUUAUAAAAUUUUUGAGUGCUUUAUCGUUCGAGCAUUCAUUUAAAAGUAAGAACAAUAAGUUUUUAGAGGCAAUGAAGAGGGAUUUUGAAAUUUUUUACCAGCUCUUUGUCAAAGUACUAGAUGGCAAUGAAAGUAAGGAUACCUUGAUCACACAAAAUUUUACUGUCAUGGAGUUUUUUAUGGAUCUAAGUUGUGAGCCUAUUGAUAGCAUACUAGAUAUUUGGAAAAAAUAUCUUGAGGUAUACUGGGAUUCGCGCAUAGAUUUACUUGUAGGGAUAUUGAAGUGCAGGAAAGAUGUAAGCAGCUCAGAAAGAAAAAAGAUCACUCAACAGGCUACAGAAAUGUUGCAUGAUUACCGCCAUAAUAUGGAAGCUAACGGAGUAGAUCGCGAGCCUACGUUAAUGAGGCGGUUUGCGUUAGAAUUCGAGAAGUAA